AUGGCCGCCGAGACAUUGAAUGUGAUUGCCUUGAUAUCAGGCGGCAAAGAUUCCUUAUACAGCAUUCUUCAUUGCUUGGACAAUGGACACAAGGUUGUCGCUUUGGCAAACCUUUACCCGCGACCUCGGUCACCAACUGAGAGAGGUGCCAAUGACACUUCACCAGAGGAUACAGAAGGCGAGGAUGAAGAUCUCAACAGUUUCAUGUACCAGACGGUCGGAUACUCAAUCAUCCCUCUGUACGCCGAGUGUCUCGGUCUUCCACUGUACAGGCGACAAAUUACGGGUUCCGCAGUGCAAACAGGUCGCUAUUACGAUGCCAGCGAAAUCGAUCUAGCUACGGCCGACAGGAACGGGUUGGACCCACUGGACGAAACGGAGGAUCUUGUGCCCUUAUUGCAGGAGGUCAUGAAAGCGCACCCGGAGGCUAAUGCGGUCUGCUCUGGCGCCAUCUUGUCGACAUACCAACGCACGAGAGUCGAGUCUAUUGCUGUUCGACUGGGACUGACGCCCCUGGCAUAUCUCUGGCAGUACCCGGCGCUUCCGCCUCCUGCGGAACGCAUGGAUUCACUGACUGGUCUCCUUGACGACAUGGCAGCUGCUGGGUGCGAUGCGCGAAUCGUUAAAAUAGCGAGCGGCGGCAUCAAGGAAAGUCUGCUGUGGUCUAAUGUCGCCGACCCACGGACCCGUGCAAGGUUGGUGGCGGGUUUACGGCCAUUCUUUCCAGAUCACGAGUUUGAGCUCCGUGGAGCAGUCUUGGGCGAGGGCGGAGAGUAUGAAAGCUUGGCAGUCAAUGGGCCGAAUAGACUGUGGAAGAAAAGGAUUGUUGUAGCUGAAGAGAAGAGCUCAACUGUUGUUGGCGAUGGCGGAGUCUGUUAUAUCCGACUCAGAGAUGCAAGAACAGUGCAGAACGAGUCCAUAUCAACCGAGCAAGACAAGGGACCUGUUCGAGUGCCCGGUGUCUUGGAUCCCCAGUUCGAUACUGUUCUAACUAGACUUCAGGGUCUGAAGCCAUUGCCCUUGAAUUCGACAUGGUCAGUCACAGACGGGCACACCAGCAAACAUGAUCUAGAGGCUUUUGUGUCUGCUAGUUUCCCGCUGGGCCAGACCCUCACUGGGUCUUGUCUGACAAUAUCCAACAUCACGGCUCCAGGGGCUAGUACGCCUACCGAGCAAAUGAAAGGAAUCUGCAACAUGGUCGAUAAUCUCCUGGGAUCAAGCGCCCAUUCUCUUCGCUUACCGUGGACACCAAAUUCCUCUGAUAUUGUCUUCGCAACCCUACUUCUCAGAGAUAUGGCCCAAUUUGGCCCCGUCAAUUCAAUCUACGCCACGCUAUUUCGCGCUGGAAAACCGAAUCCGCCCGCACGUGUGACCAUUGCAUGCGACUUGCCUGCUGGCAUUGACGUCAGCUUGAACUUGGUACUGGACCUGAGGCCUCGCCACACCCGUCGCGGUCUCCAUGUACAAAGUCGCAGCUACUGGGCUCCAGCCAAUAUCGGGCCUUACAGUCAAGCGAUCUGCGUAGCCAUGGAGACCCGUGCAAAUCCUGAUAGCAACGUCCACGAUGCAGGAUUGGUGGAGCUGGUGCAUAUGGCCGGCCAAAUACCAUUGGUUCCUCAGACCAUGACAGUGUCCGAUAAAAGCUUUGUUGAGCAAGCUGUUUUGAGCCUCCAACAUCUCUGGCGAGUCGCCCAAGAACGAGGUGUCGAUAUCUGGCCAUGGGGAAUCGCAUUCCUCAAGAAGGACAGUGCCAUAGCAAGCCACGCCGUUGUAGCGAGCAAGGUUUGGCAAGAAGCAAACCUAAUCGGAACAAGGCCUGUAUCAGAAUCAUCCACCGAGGGGGACAGUGAUAACGAUGAUGAAGAUGGCCCUGACGCUUGGGACAGGCAGUUCAACCGGUCUUCGUUGCACGAUAAGAAAAUCCCGGCGACAAAUGUUGGGGGGCAUCUCCAUAUCCUGCCAAACCACAAGGUUUUCAAGAGCACCUCAAUUGGUUGCAAAUUUGUCCGUCCCUUCAUCGCGGCAGAAGUUGCUUCUUUGCCCCGGGACGCGCCAAUCGAAUGGUGGAGUCUAGGCCUUGCAAACUUACCUCAACUUCCCAGUUCUGUUCCACGAAUAUCGGCAAGUGGACAACAUCGUGGCUGGGGAUCUGUCUCGAUAGUCACGGUUCUGCCGGGAGAACACCAGGACCAAGAAAAGGAGCGGGAGACGGAGAGCAUCGACCGCAACACCGAGCAUCUGGUGACGGUAUUGAUGUACAUGCCGAACUCUUCGCAAGAAAGCAACACUCUCGACACUGAGACGAUCGAGCGAGACAUUACGGACAUGCUCUCUGAGAGGUACGCAGACACCACACCACCCUCGUACCAAGCUGUUCACGGCACGGCUUUCAUCUCGGCCGAAUUCCAGUCAGCACGGUGCAAACUCAACAAACAUUCUCUCUUUAGUAGCCUCGCAGUCGUUCCGUGCAAGUCGGUAUACGGCAGCUCGGGGUUGGAAAUGACCAUUGUCGAUGGCCACAAGCAUACGGAAGUCGAGCAGAGAAGUGAGAGUACCAAGACGCUCAAUCCAGCCACGGAUGGUUCGACGAGUCUGUCCGGAGGACAGUUGCAAGAAGAGGGUGUAUCGCUUGCCACCUCCACCACCAGCAGCGACGCCGUCUUGAGCGAGACGUGCAAACCUCUCGCGGCAGCAUUGACCAUGCGUAUCACGAUCGCCGAUCCGUCCAGCUCUUCCGACUUCACAAGAGUUCUGUCAAGCGCAGCAUAG